CCAAAAUCUGAUGGGAUCCUCAAAUAGCUCUGGCAGAUUAUUCUGUUUAUUUUGGAUUUAAUGAAUGCUUAUUUCUGUGAAAGCUAAUCUAUUUUCCCCCUUUAUUAUGCUACACAAGUCAUAAGAAGCAGCAGCUUGAAACCAAAUAUAUCCAAGGGAAGAAGGCUGCUCAAAUCUCCCUGCAGUGUCACUGAUUUUAUUAUUACAGCGAUAAUCUUCACAGUAGCCAGCUAACCUGCAGUUCCUUGUCCAUCUUCUAUCUGGACAUGGGGUUUUCCAAAAGGAAGACACAUUUCAGAAAGAAAGAACAGCUGAAGAACCAAAAAAUGACAAGUAAUCACUGCCAUUACUGCAUGGAAUCCCUUCUUGGCAGGAAGUAUGUAUUUAGAGAAGAGAAUUCUUACUGUGUUACAUGUUAUGAUGACCUAUUCGCUAACUCCUGUGAAGAAUGCAAGAAGCCCAUUGAAUGUGAUGCCAAGGAUCUCGCCUAUAAAGGCCACCACUGGCAUGAAGCGUGCUUCAAGUGUGCCAAAUGCAAUCACUCUUUAGUGGAAAAUCCUUUUGCUGCCAAGGAUGAGCUCUUGCUGUGUACUCAGUGUUAUUCUAAUGAGUAUUCAUCAAAGUGCUUUCAUUGUCAGAAGGCCAUUAUGCCCGGUUCUCGUAAAAUGGAAUUUAAAGGGAGUUGCUGGCAUGAAACCUGUUUUGUUUGUCAAUACUGCCGGCAACCAUUAGGAACAAAGCCUUUGAUUACCAAAGACAAUGAGAAUUAUUGUGUGCCAUGUUUUGAGAAGCAGUUUGCUCACCACUGCUACUCCUGCAAGAAGAUGAUAACUACUGGUGGAGUGACGUACCACGACCAGCCAUGGCACAAAGAAUGUUUUCUGUGUGCUGGAUGUAAGAAGCAGCUGUCUGGGCAGCGGUUUAUUUCCAAAGAUGACCAUCCAUACUGCCUAGACUGCUUCCGAAAGCUUUAUGCAAAGACAUGUGCGGCCUGCAACAAACCCAUUACUGCGCUCGGAGGUGCCAAAUUUAUCUCAUUUGAAGAGCGCCAGUGGCACAAUGCCUGCUUUAACUGUGUGAAAUGUUCCAUUUCGCUGGUGGGACAAGGAUUCCUCACCCAGCAAGAUGACAUCCUCUGUCGUGAAUGCGGCUCUGCUGCAUAGUUAGGGAGAGAGAGACGUCAGCCUUGCAUGCUGUAACCAAGUACUUCCUUACCUUGCGGUCAGGAAUUCAUUUAAAGGCCAUUAAGAGUUAUUUAGUCAUUCAAGUUGCUUUUCAACAGCAGUUCAGUUCUAUCACAGUGCUCAGCUGCUACAUGCAUGCCUUAUAUCUUGUAAAAAGAUUUUUACACAGUUCUGGUUAAGAAAACAUUUCCAAAGAAAUUUCUAUAUCUAUUUUAAUGGAAAUACAGUAUGUUUGUCCUGGUAAAACAGUGCACUCUGCUGUUGGGAGCUUUAGAAUUUGAUAUUACAUAAUCCAAGAAUGACUAUGAAAAAUCUAUAUUUGGAAGACAUAAUAGAUUACCUCAAUGAAGAAAACUUAUACUAGUAGUCUACUGAUGCAGACACUCAGGUGUAAAGUGGUGGUGGUGCAUUCCCCACUGGGCCACAAUAUUUAAUCAGAACAAUGUUCCACAGUAUUAGAAAGUCAUCAAACAUUACAUGUUAACCAUGGCAAAAGAAGUAAUAAUAUUUCUUUUAUAUUGUUGUGCAGAUAGGAGUUUGAUAGAUAUCUCUGGCAUCUCAUUACGUAUGUCCUUUAUUAGUUGCUACUUACGUUCUUCAAGUCUUAAGACACAAGUACACUUUCACAAUUACACAAUAACACAAGGUUCAUAAUAUCGCAGCUAGGCCCGCAGUUCACUUCACUUUGUUCUUAUAUCUCGCUGACUGACUGGCAAUGCCCCACCCCUUAUAUGCUCCCAAGGGCAUGGCUGACAACAUUCUAGGAGGUUCAAGGAAAAUGUAGUUCUCCGAAAGUCUGGAAGGUUCCAUGAGAUUCUACAAAGGUCCAGAAGAGUCUAGAAGAUUAGUGAAUCCACAUAUGAAAUACCUGAAACAUUUUACUUCAAACAUUCUAUUUUUCCUUUUGUUUCUAAAAACAAAAACAGCACCCACCCAAGCCUGGUGCCCCCCAAGCCUGGGUUGCCUGCACCUAAAUCUGGCGCUGCCUACCACUGAGAGUUGGUUUAUGCUCUGAAGCAUCAAAGCCUAUAUCCGUUCUUAACAAACAAACAAAUAAAAAUCUGUUCCAAGACUAGUGAUUUGCAGAGCUGAACUACAGCCCCUUUACCAAAAUUAGCCAGUUUUAGUUAAACUUUUUUUUUGCUUCGUCAACUUUUCAGGACAUAAAUAAAUAAAUAAAACUACACUUUAAUCUGCCAUCAAAAUCAAUUAGCUCCCUCAAUCAGAGCGCUAAUUUAUAAUUUACAACUAGCUAACGUCUUAAAACUGCAACUGCCUUGUCUGCACUAGGAUUUUAGUACAUAUUAAACAUACACCCUUUUUCCUAGUGUAGAUAUGGCUUGAGAGUCACCUUCGUGUCUGCCAAGCCACCUCUCUCUCCUCCUGAAACCCAUUUUCCAGAAACCCAACCAUCUUUCUCAUCAUGAAUAGUUUCUCCUUGCUCUCACUUCUUUGAGCUGUGAUCUAAUAUCUUUUCUUAUGUGUUUGCCUUGUCUAUAUUAAGACUGUCAGUGCUUUAGAACAAGGAGCAUGUCCUACUCUUUUUGUUAAGAGCCAUGUACAUUUACCAGCAUUAUAGCAAGGAUUUUUAAUAUUAUUUUCAUUACAAUCGAUAGGCCAACAGAACAAUGUAGGUUUGUUCCUAUAUCUCAUUUAUGUCACUUGGAGAGGAUUUCAUCUGCUUGCUGAGCUUUUAAAGUAAAAGUGUCUAUAUUAAAGGCCAUCUAGAUUAGUGUUACAAAUGGUUCUUCCCUUUGUUGUUCCACGCUUUCAUGUAAUUAAACUAUCAUUAUACUGCGCCAUUGAGAAUGGUGCACUGAAAUACUCAAGGGCAGGUUUUGUACCAUUUACCAUGCUCUUGAUGUGUUUUAAAAAACAUCUUACUCACAUUAACUUCAGGAGCACGUGUGUCCUUUUAGGCGCUGAUCCAAAGUCUAUUGCCAUUAAUAGGAGUCUUUUCUUUGACCUCAGUUGCAGUAAGAUCUCAUUCCCUUAUUUAAUUGAAAGUGGUAAUUACAUUAAGAAGACAUAAAAAGAAAAGUACACUAUAUGAAAAUAGGCCAGUGCCAAACUGCAAUAGCAUAAAAUCUAUGUGGAUAAUAACUAACCACAAGCUCUCUGUUUUCUAGUCAAUAAAAUAUUGAUUUUUUUGCUUAAUGUGGUGUUGGUUUAGAUUUUUAUUCUCUUCUGCUAGGAGAGCUUUUAUCAAAGUUUUUAUUUUCUGAUUUGCUUCUGGCUUUACUCUAGCUGCUUGCCUUUCCUUUCUUUUCUCAUAGAUCAGAUAGAGAAUAUUGAUCAGAGUCAGGAUACCAUAAAUAAAACUAGGUAGUGUAGCCUAAAAAAGGAAUAUAGCAAUGGACAUGUAUGCAGAGAGAUUCUAAAAAUGUGCAAUGACUGAUUAGAAAUUAGCUCACUGGUAAAUGUCAACUGACCCCCAGAAUCUUAAAAUAAAAAUUGACAAAUCACCUGAUGUGACCAU